ACAGGGAAGAAUUAAUGGGAAUUUUUGUGAGGAAAUGGGUUCAAAUCCUGCAAUCACCGAUCUUUUUACCCCUUAUCAAAUGGGUAGCUUCCAUCUUUCUCAUAGGGUUGUUUUAGCGCCACUGACUAGACAGAGGUCAUAUAGAAAUGUUCCUCAACCUCAUGCAAUUUUAUAUUAUUCUCAGCGGACUACAAAUGGAGGUUUACUCAUAUCUGAAGCAACUGGAGUUUCUGACACUGCUCAAGGGUAUACAGAUACACCUGGUAUAUGGACAAAAGAGCAAGUUGAAGCAUGGAAACCUAUUGUUGAUGCUGUGCAUGAAAAAGGAGGUAUAUUUUUCUGUCAGCUAUGGCAUGUUGGACGGGUUUCAAAUGAAGAUUUGCAGCCUAAUGGCAAUGCUCCAAUCUCUUGCACAGAUAAGCCUGUAACACCACAAGAUCAGGCCAACGGUACAAUUAAUGCAGAGUUCUCGACUCCAAGGCGGCUAACAACAGAAGAGAUACCUUCAAUUGUGAAUGAUUUUAGACUAGCUGCUAGGAAUGCCAUAGAAGCUGAAUCUAAUCGACCACCUUCUUACACAGGCUUCUCUCUUACAUCAGGCAUAUCCACUUCAAUCAUUCUAGACUAAGAAGAUAUUCCAAUUACCUUGUACUUCUAAUGUAUAGACUGUCACUACGUAUUUGCAUAUUUUAUUGUGCCAUUUCCUUGUUUAUUAAUGUAGUAUUUCAAAAACAUUAAUAUACUAGCAGCUACAAUUAAGGUCCCCAAAUUAACUUACCUAUCUUAAGCGCGUUGUCCAAUAAGUAGUAUGAUAAAAUGAGAGAAAGUGUUAAAAAAGAGUUCUUGUAUGUUCUAUCAUAAUUUAAGUUUAUUACAGGCGUAACAAACAACGAGA